AUCUGUUCACCUCUGCAAGCACAACCACAUCACUUCUGCUCAUCUCCAUCACUCCGACGGCCUUUUCCUCUUCGCCGAGACCGUCCUCGCAUUUUCGAGUCAGUCAAAGUCGCAAAGAGCGAGUAGAAGCCACAGUACCGUCAAGAUGUCUACAGAUCUUUGCCCCGUAUAUGCGCCCUUCUUUGGUGCCAUGGGCUGCACAUCCGCCAUCGUCUUCACCUGCUUCGGAGCCGCAUAUGGAACCGCAAAGUCUGGUGUUGGUAUCUCGGCUAUGGGUGUCCUUCGACCAGAUCUGAUCGUCAAGAACAUUGUUCCCGUCAUUAUGGCUGGUAUCAUUGGUAUCUAUGGUCUGGUCGUCUCGGUCCUGAUCUCCGAUAACCUCUCACAACGAGAACCCUUGUUCACCAGCUUCAUCCAACUUGGUGCUGGGCUGUCAGUCGGCCUGUCAGGUCUGGCUGCUGGAUUUGCCAUCGGCAUCGUCGGUGAUGCUGGUGUCAGAGGAACCGCUCAACAACCCCGCCUCUUCGUCGGCAUGAUUCUUAUCCUCAUUUUCGCUGAAGUCCUGGGUCUGUACGGGUUGAUCGUCGCCCUGUUGAUGAACUCCAAGGCCUCGACCGAUGUCACAUGUUAAACGACGGCAAAUGGCACGCUUCACGUGGCGGCUGCAUUGGAGCGUCACGUUUAGAAAAUCGUCAAGAACUUAUCAGGCGGAAGGAAACCACAAGAAGAACACGGACGACAAAUCCGAAAUCAGUACUGGGCGCUUUCAAGUCAAUCCAGGCCAGCUGUGAAAGAAUACCAACCCAUCAUCAACAAACCUCAAAGGCGGGCGAAUAGUAUGAGAAUUGCCCGUACACUAUGUAUGAAUGUUACAGUUUUACCAGCGCUAUGGACGAACCGGGGAACCAAAGCGCCAACGCAGCACAAUCGAGCUGUUUGUGCGCCUAACCUAUGUAUGUACAAAUUUUGGUACUGAAAUAGAUAAUGCUUUUAUCAAUCCG